AGCCUGGCGACCUGUGUGAAGCUAGCUCCUGUAUUAAGUCGUAUUUAUUAUUUCUUUUACGUUAUGUUGCGAAUGUAAAUAUUGUAUUUCUUAACCAGAGAGUAAUUUAUAUAAGCGCGAAUCUGCAGACGUGUGGAUAUGUUUUGGGAAUACUCUUUUAAAUGAAAGAAUGGAUUUAAAAAUGGACAAGCUAGGAUAAGUAUAGCACUAAUUUAAUACACCGUAACUCGUAGGAUACAUUGUGACGCAUUCAGGGACAGCAUUGACACUUGUGAAAUCGAUGCGUUCAAGUGUACCCCAAUGGUGCUUCGUGAAAAUGUAUUUGCAAAACAUUAGCACUUGACGUGCUAUUUCAAGAAUGGUAAUGGACAUUUUCUUUCCAGUCUAGUAUUCAAAUGGAAAAGCAACAAUGCACCGCACAGUCGUACACAGCAGGGGACACAACCAUACGAAAUAGAAAGAUUCACACCUUUAAAACUUCAUGUUCUGCUCCACUAAAUGAAAAAAAGGAUUCUGACUCGUCAAAAGAAUCAAAUGUGACACAUGGUGAGCGCUACCAUAGAAGAAGAAGAAGUUCCAGCAGUGAUGAACCCCCCAGCAGAAGCGGUUUGCUUUUAUUGGUGGCUGGACUCUCCUUUUCUACACGCCUCUACAAAAUAAAAGAGCCCCCUCAUGUGUGCUGGGAUGAGACACACUUCGGGAAGAUGGGAAGCUACUACAUCAACAGGACGUUCUUUUUCGACGUUCACCCUCCUCUUGGAAAGAUGCUGAUUGGACUAGCUGGUUACAUGAGUGGCUACGAUGGCACCUUUCCUUUCUCCAAGCCUGGAGAUAAAUAUGAACACCACAACUACUGGGGGAUGAGAGGGUUAUGUGCAGGGUUAGGCUCCUUUCUCCCCAUCUUUGCCUACCUCAUCGUGUUGGAGGUGUCUCAUUCUCACACUGCUGCUGUCAUCGCUGCUGCUCUGCUCAUAUUUGACACUGGCUGCAUCACUAUUUCCCAGUACAUUCUCUUGGACCCGAUACUCAUGUUCUUCAUCAUGGCAGCAGUACUGAGCAUGGUCAAGUUCAACCAACAACAAUACAGGCCUUUUUCCGCCCCCUGGUGGUUUUGGAUGGUACUAACUGGUGUCAAUCUUUCUGGAGCUCUCGGGGUGAAGUUUGUGGGCUUGUUUGUCAUCCUGCUGGUGGGACUGAAUACAGCGUCUGAUCUAUGGAGGCUUUUGGGUGAUCUGGACCUGAUGCUGGUGGACUUUGGGAAGCACCUCCUGGCUCGGGUCUUCGCGCUCAUCCUGCUUCCCGUUUUUCUCUAUGUUACAAUAUUUGCAGUUCACUUCGUUGUGCUAAACAAAAGUGGACCUGGAGAUGGUUUCUUCAGUUCCGCUUUCCAGUCUCGCCUCAUUGGGAACAACCUGCACAACGCAUCCAUGCCCGAGUACCUGGCAUAUGGCUCCACCAUCACGUUGAAAAACCUUCGCAUUGCUGGGGGCUAUUUGCACUCUCAUUGGCACUUAUACCCCGAGGGAGUGGGGGCGAAACAGCAGCAGGUUACAGCCUACUUGCACAAGGACUACAACAACCUGUGGCUGGUUCACAGGCAGAAUGAUACAAACUCUCAGUGGGGAGCGCCUGAUCUCGUCCGUCAUGGUGACGUCAUCAGAUUGGAACACAAAGAAACGACUCGUAACCUUCACAGUCACCUCCACGAGGCCCCGCUGACGAAGAAGCACUUCCAGGUUACAGGUUAUGGCAUGAACGGUACAGGUGACAACAACGACCUUUGGAGGGUUGAGGUGUGUGGAGGUCGCACAGGUGACCCGGUGAAGGUGCUGCGCAGCAAAGUUCGCUUUCUGCACAAAGCUACCGGUUGCGUGCUUUUCUCUUCUGGGAAAACCCUUCCCAAGUGGGGCUGGGAACAAGUGGAGGUCACGUGCAGUCCCUACUUGAAGGAGACUCUCAAUUCUCAGUGGAAUAUUGAAGAUCACAUCAAUCCCAAGUUGCCCAACAUCAGCUUGUCUGUGCUGAAGCCCCAUUUUCUUGAAAUCCUAAUGGAGUCCCACAUUGUUAUGAUACGAGGUAACAGCGGUUUGAAGCCUAAAGACAACGAGGUGACCUCCAAACCCUGGCACUGGCCUAUCAACUACCAGGGACUGAGGUUCUCCGGAGUGAAUGAAACCGAGUAUCGUGUCUACUUGCUUGGCAACCCUGUGGUGUGGUGGCUGAAUCUGGCAUGUUUGGGAUUGUAUCUGAUCCUGGUUGCAGUGACCUCGGUUGCCUUUCAAAGAGGUGUCAAUGUGAGCCAAAAAAGGAGAGAACUUUGUUUGGUGCUCACAAAAGGAGGAGGCCUCUUUUUCCUUGGUUGGCUCCUACACUACAUACCCUUCUACACAAUGGGCCGGGUUCUGUACUACCAUCACUAUUUUCCUGCUAUGCUGUUUAGCAGCAUGCUAACAGGAAUUACACUGGACUUCCUGUUGAAGAUGGCCGACCUCGUGCUCCCCGUGCUGUUUUGUGAGCACCUACAAAGAGUCUCGGAGGUGUUUAUUUUGUUAGUUAUUCUUUACAGUUUCUACCUGUUCCAUCCGCUCUCCUACGGCAUGACUGGACCUUUGGCACACGAACCUGGGAGCGCAAUGGCGAAAGUGAAGUGGAUGGAGGCCUGGGACUUUUGAAGAGUUUUACUUGAAAAUGACGCUAAACAUUUGUUACCAAAACAAUAAGGAGGUCAUUUGUUACACGAUCGUACUUGUAUUGAUAUUUUUUUUCAAGGUACAGUACCAUGUGUCCAAGUUGGUAGGAUCUCACUCAUGACCACCAACCUUCUUUAACUUGCAGUUUGUUUUCCAUAAUUUCUCAUGUUGUCAUAAUUAACAGUAUGUCAAGUGCCUCGAAACUGUGAAUCUAAAACACUUUAAUUUCUUUGGGAGUCAAUUUGACAGUAGCAUAUGUCUUAAACCAUUUCUUUAUGUCAGUAUUUGUAUCCAUUUUUCUAGUGACAUAGAAA